CAGGCCUAUUGUCAGAGCAUCGUUGAAGAGCUGACGUCUUGUGGCUUGUGCUAGGAGGGAAGAGGACUGGGCACGGGACAUUAUCAAGUGGGACUGAGUUAGCAACACAGAGGAGCAACAAACAACAUCAAAAUGAGUGUCAACACUGUGAGGUUUGCUGUGGGAGUACUCUUUGGAUGGUCUCUGACACUCUCCUCAGCCACCCAAGUGGGUCUGAGCGACAAAGUCCUGGUGUUCCCUUAUGAGACUGACUUCAGCUUCGUGGCCCUGAUCCCGCAGAAGGAGAUGGGACUAAGGGCCUUCACUCUCUGCAUGCGUGUGGCCACUGAGCUGCCGGAAGAACGUCAGAUCAUCCUGUUCGCCUACCGCACAGCCGACUAUGACGAGCUCAACGUGUGGCGCGAGCAGGACGGACGCAUCUCCUUUUAUAUGAGCGGCGACGGCACCUUCUACCACCUGCCGCCGCUCACCACGUUCCGCACCAGCCUCUGCCUGACCUGGGAGUCCCGCACGGGCCUGGCUGCUUUCUGGGUGGAAGGGAAACGCAGCACCUACCAGGUUUACAAACCCGGGCACACCAUCCGUCCAAAAGGCACCGUCCUCCUGGGGCAGGACCCAGACAAACACCUGGGGGGUUUGGAGGCCGUGCAGAGCUUUGUAGGGGAGAUGACUGAUCUGAAUAUGUGGGACUUUGUGCUCUCCAGGAGCAUGAUCCAGGCCUGGCACUACGGGCACAAGGUCCCCAAGGGCAACAUCUUUGACUGGGGCACCAUGGAGUAUGAGCUGAACGGGAACGUGAUGGUGGUGGAUGAUGACUGACUGAGCGUGGAGUCGAAUGCUGAGAGGGAGGAGGCGUUAGACAUCUGUGUUGGACUGAUACUGAUAUGUGCAUUUCUUACUUAGAUUCAGUCUAAAGCCAAUACUUUGUGGGACACCGAAGUCAGUUGUUUUUACAUCAUUAACCUUUUGCUAAACAGUAACUCAGUUUAGGAUCAACGCGCUGUUCCUAUGUUUGCAUUUUAAAAGUUGUACCAGUCUUUGUAUCUCAAAGCUUCAUCCUUUGAUAGAACCAAUCGGUAAAUAUGACAAAAAUUUGACGUGCCAGAUGUAUCCAUAGGGUGGCACUCUGUACUAGUUCACAUCAAACAGAAACUCUGUGUCAAGUGAAGCAUUAUCACGCAUCGGCUAAUAUGAUAUGGCAUAGAUAUGAACUGAGGUUAUUAACGAGGCCACCAAAAACUGAUGAAAAUAAGUAUUCAAGAACACAUUUCACCAGCCUAUAAUGAUAUGUAUGUUAAACUGCAAUGCGUUUAGAAAAUUACAGGUAAAGAUUGAUUUAAAAAAAGCUCUUUUUUGUUAGAAUUGAACAUACUGUAACAAAAACAAGCAUAUUUCCAAAAACCUGCCAUAAUACAUGCAAUUAAAAUAUUUGUUUGUUUGAUGCUAUUCAUGAUGAAUGUGAAGGGGAUAGAAAAACAGUAAACUGUGAGUUGCAUUAUUGCUGUGGACUUAAUGAUUUAACUGCACUCAGAGACAAAUAGCAAUUAUCAUGUUUAAUUUCCAUCGCCAUAAUGUUGCCUUUGGUUAGAGUACUCACUCAUGAAUUUUCCAUGUUUCAACUGAUGUAAGAUCGCUUUGGGGUCUGAAAUAAAAUCUUUCCAUAUGCAUAACUAA